ACGCGGAAAGAACAAGGCGAGAACGAGGUUGGGAAAUCAGGGAAGCCCGAAUUUUAAAACGCUGGAAUUACCAAUAUUUUAUUUUAUAUUAUAUAUUCAAUUGUUAUCUAGGGUGUUUUUUGUUUUUGUUUGUACUAGUCACACGUGACUUUCUGGCGAAAACUGUCUUGUAGAAUUACAGUGCACGGAACUUGGAUAUCAUGAUGCCGUUCAUAAGAACCCUGGUUGUGCUGGCUGUCCUCUGCGCGCCAACCUCCAGCCUCUGUCUCAGACUGUACCAGAGCGACUCCAACCUCCUCUGUGACGAUGAAAUACUAUCUGAGGUUCAGACGAACGACGUUCCCAGUGACGAGUUCCCAGUGUCGGAAAGCUGGGGCUCCCUCUUCAAGUCCGGAGACACUCUCUCCUCCGCAGAGUCGCGGGAGAAAAGGACUUCGACUUACCCCGCCAACUACAGGUUUCUCAGUCAGACGCAGCUAAGGAGUAAGAUGUUCCAGAACAGCAUAAAUAAUGACCGGCUAAGCAAGUUUACCCUGUCUCUAGAUGUGCCCACCAACAUCAUGAACAUUCUCUUUGACAUCCAAAAGUCCAAGAACCUGCGCGCAAAAGCGGCCGACAACGCGCGUCUGAUGGCGCAGAUUGGACGAAGGAAGAGACAGUAGACUAUCUCUCCGACGGUUGAAGCCGCUACCCUGAUUAUCC